AUGACGAUAGCCGGAUGUCUCACGGGAAUAGGCGGAGCUUUACUGGGAUCUCUGUAUGGCGUGGUGGGGAGGGUAGCCGACGAUAUCCUCUCAUUCCUACUGGGGAGGGGCGUGGAGUGGCUCAGGGAUCUCGUCCCGUGCUUCAGAGAAGACCCCGUUCGGCCAGUCCUCGUCUCCACUGCAGAUCUGGUCGGAGUGGAGCAAAUCGAUGGCUAUAUGAGGCAGAUCAGGGAUUUUCUUGACGACGAUAAUCUGGUAACCUUGGGGAUUCACGGAAUGGGUGGUGUUGGGAAGACCACCUUACUUGAGAGGGUCAACAACAACUUUCAUGAUAUUCGAGCCGCUCAAAGAUUCGACUAUGUUAUAUUUGUCACCGUGUCUCGUGCUCCCAACAUCCUCGAGAUCCAGGAGCAGAUCCUAAGGCGGCUUGAUAUAAAGUCAACGUCUUCAACGAAAUACGGUACGGACAUCUUCCGAUUUUUGUCAAAUAAAAGGUUCUUACUAUUGUUAGAUGAUGUAUGGGAAGAGUUGAAUUUGCAUCAUGUGGGAGUUCCUACUCCUUGUGCUGAGAACAAGUGCAAGAUCAUUUUGACGAGCCGAUCUAAAUCGGUGUGCUGUAAAAUGGGCACUCCUAGAAAGUUAUUGGAAGUGGAGACCUUGAGCGAAUCGGAGGCAUGGAUCCUCUUCAACAAGAACGUGGGUGGUGAUGUAGAUCUCGAUCAACGUGAUCAGGAAAUAUGUAGGCACGCAAAGGCUGUAGCAAAGAAAUGUGGUGGCCUCCCGCUUGCCCUAAAAAUCGUUGGUCGUACUAUGGCAACUGCUGUGUCUGCUGGAGAGUGGCGGGAAGCUGAAAGGAAUCUCCAUUUAUUGGAAGACAUGGAAGAAAAAGUCUUAUCUUUGUUGAAGUUCAGCUUUGAUAGACUACCAAAUGAUAACACGAAACAGUGCCUCCUUUAUUGUUGCUUGUUCAAGGAAGAUGAGAACAUCUCUAUACAUAAAUUGAUUCACUAUUGGAUUGCAGAGGGAUUCCUUGAUAGUCCACACUCUAAAAGCAUGAGUGAAGCUGAAGAUAGGGGAAAUAGAAUCAUCACUACCCUCAUUUCAGCUAGCUUGUUACAGAAGGGAGAUAAAUAUGACAAUUUUCGACAUUAUUUGUUGGGUGUGGAUGAUUUAGACAAGUAUGUGAAGGUACAUGAUGUGGUGCGAGAGAUGUGUUUGUGGCUGACAUCAAGUGAGUCUGACAAGUAUGGAAAAUUUCUUCUAUAUCCAGGAAGGAAUAUUGAUAUUAUUUCAGAUUUAAAAAGUUGGAAUGAUGUAAGAAGAGUAUCAUUGUGUGACUUAGUGACUUGUCAGGAAUUUUUACACCAAAAUGAGGCAGAAAUAUGUCCAAACUUGGUGACACUAUUAUUAAAUCAUGUUCGCUUUGGAGAAUUGUCAAUUCCAAUAAGUUUCUUACAUAAGACAAAAUCUCUUCGAGUCAUGGCACUAAAAUCUUGUAAGUUGGCAAAUAUUUUAGAGGACAUAAGCUUCUUGCAAGAAUUGAGAUAUUUAGAUUUAUUUGACACAAAACUUCAAAGCCUUCCAAAUAACAUCGGAUCACUUGUGCAAUUACAAUAUCUUGAUUUACACUUUACAGAAUUACAAAAUCUUCCAGAUUCUAUCAGUGGCCUUGUGAAUUUGAUAGAGUUAAAUGUGUCAAAUACAAAAUUACAAAGCCUUCCAAAUAGUAUCGGAUCACUUGUGCAAUUACAACAUCUUGAUUUACACUAUACAGAAUUACGAAAUCUUCCAGAUUCUAUCGGUGGCCUUGUGAAUUUGAUAGAGUUAAAUGUGUCAAAUACAAAAUUACAAAGCCUUCCAAAUAGCAUCAGAUCACUUGUGCAGUUACACCGUCUGUAUUUGAAGAAGACAAAUUUACAAAAUCUUCCAGAUUCUAUCAGUGACCUUGUGAAUUUGAAAGAGUUAAAAGUGUCACACACAAAAUUACAAAGCCUUCCAAAUAGCAUCGGAUCACUUGUGCAAUUACAAUAUCUUGAUUUACGAUAUACAGAAUUAGAAAAUCUUCCAGAUUCUAUCGGUGGCCUUAUGAACUUAGAAAAGUUAAAAGUGUCAGAGACAAAAUUACAAAGCCUUCCAAAUAGCAUUGGAUCACUUGUGCAGUUACACCAUCUUGAUUUGCAAUAUACAAAAUUACAAAAUCUCCCAGAUUCUAUCGGUGGCCUUGUGAAUUUGAAAUAUUUAUUUGUGUCAAAUACAAAAUUACAAAGCCUUCCAAAUAGUAUGAAAUCACUUGUGCAGUUAUACCGUCUUGAUUUGCAAUAUACAGAAUUACAAAAUCUUCCAGAUUCUAUCGGUGGCCUUAUGAACUUAGAAAAGUUAAAAGUGUCAGAGACAAAAUUACAAAGCCUUCCGAAUGGCAUCGGAUCACUUGUGCAGUUACAUCAUCUUGAUUUGCAAUAUACAAAAUUACAAAAUCUUCCAGAUUCUAUCGGUGGCCUUGUGAAUUUGAAAUAUUUAUAUGUGUCAAAUACAAAAUUACAAAGCCUUCCGAAUGGCAUCGGAUCACUUGUGCAGUUACAUCAUCUUGAUUUGCAAUAUACAGAAUUACAAAAUCUCCCAGAUUCUAUUGGUGGCCUUGUGAAUUUGAGUAAGUUAAAUGUGUCAAAUACAAAAUUACAAAGCCUUCCAAAUAGUAUGAAAUCACUUGUGCAGUUAUACCGUCUUGAUUUGGGAUAUACAGAAUUACAAAAUCUUCCAGAUUUUAUCGGUGGCCUUGUGAAUUUGAAAUAUUUAUUUGUGUCAAAUACAAAAUUACAAAGCCUUCCGAAUGGCAUCGGAUCACUUGUGCAGUUACAUCAUCUUGAUUUGCAAUAUACAGAAUUACAAAAUCUCCCAGAUUCUAUCGGUGGCCUUGUGAAUUUGAGUGAGUUAAAUGUGUCAAAUACAAAAUUACAAAGCCUUCCAAAUAGCAUCGGAUUACUUGUGCAGUUACACCAUCUUGAUUUGCGAAAUAUAGAAUUACAAAAUCUUCCAGAUUCUAUCGGUGGCCUUGUGAAUUUGAAAUAUUUAUUUGUGUCAAAUACAAAAUUACAAAGCCUUCCGAAUGGCAUCGAAUCACUUGUGCAGUUACAUCAUCUUGAUUUGCAAUAUACAGAAUUACAAAAUCUCCCAGAUUCUAUCGGUGGCCUUGUGAAUUUGAGUGAGUUAAAUGUGUCAAAUACAAAAUUACAAAGCCUUCUAAAUAGCAUCGGAUUACUUGUGCAGUUACACCAUCUUGAUUUGCGAAAUAUAGAAUUACAAAAUCUUCCAGAUUCUAUCGGUGGCCUUGUGAAUUUGAAAUAUUUAUAUGUGUCAAAUACAAAAUUACAAAGCCUUCCGAAUGGCAUCGGAUCACUUGUGCAGUUAUAUCAUCUUGAUUUGCAAUAUAGAGAAUUACAAAAUCUUCCAGAUUCUAUCGGUGGCCUUGUGAAUUUGAAAUAUUUAUAUGUGUCAAAUACAAAAUUACAAAGCCUUCCGAAUGGCAUCGGAUCACUUGUGCAGUUACAUCAUCUUGAUUUGCAAUAUACAGAAUUACAAAAUCUCCCAGAUUCUAUCGAUGGCCUUGUGAAUUUGAGUGAGUUAAAUGUGUCAAAUACAAAAUUACAAAGCCUUCCAAAUAGUAUGAAAUCACUUGUGCAGUUAUACCGUCUUGAUUUGCAAUAUACAGAAUUACAAAAUCUUCCAGAUUCUAUCGGUGGCCUUGUGAAUUUGAGUGAGUUAAAUGUGUCAAAUACAAAAUUACAAAGCCUUCCGAAUGGCAUCGGAUCACUUGUGCAGUUACAUCAUCUUGAUUUGCAAUAUACAGAAUUACAAAAUCUCCCAGAUUCUAUCGGUGGCCUUGUGAAUUUGAUAGAGUUAAAUGUGUCAAAUACAAAAUUACAAAGCCUUCCGAAUGGCAUCGGAUCACUUGUGCAGUUACAUCAUCUUGAUUUGCAAUAUACAGAAUUACAAAAUCUCCCAGAUUCUAUCGGUGGCCUUGUGAAUUUGAUAGAGUUAAAUGUGUCAAAUACAAAAUUACAAAGCCUUCCAAAUAGCAUCGGAUUACUUGUGCAGUUACACUAUCUUGAUUUGCGAAAUACAGAAUUACAAAAUCUCCCAGAUUCUAUCGGUGGCCUUGUGAAUUUGAAAUAUUUAUUUGUGUCAUAG